GUAAACAAGAAACAAACAACUUUAUUAAGUCCUCGUAUCUCACAGUGACGUACAAUCAAUUAACUUACAGUCCAUCACAAGAUAACCUCUCACACUGCACUGAGUUUUUCCUCACUAGUCUACACACAUCUGAUAAUAGUAACAGAAGAUUUGAAGGUUCGGGUAACAGAAGAUUUGAAGGUUUGGUAGUAGUGGUUUAAUGGGACUCGGGACAGUUAACGGACAACAUGGCGGAGGUGCAGAAGGCCCAGGCAGCCACUCCUGGAGGCGACACUAUAUUUGGCAAAAUCCUUCAGGGGGAAAUCCCUUCAGAGUUUAUCUACGAGGACGACCAGUGUGUUGCAUUCAAAGAUGUGGCGCCACAAGCACCUGUCCACUUCUUGGUGAUUCCUCGCAAGCACGUGGCCAUGCUGUCUGAUGUUGAGGAUUCUGAUGAGCAGCUAUUAGGUCAUUUGAUGAUGGUAGCACAGAAGGUGGCCAAAGAGCAAGGACUGGACCAAGGAUUCCGAUUGGUGGUGAACAAUGGCAAGGAAGGAGCCCAGAGCGUUUACCACCUCCAUCUUCAUGUUAUGGGGGGAAGGCAGAUGGGCUGGCCUCCCGGUUAAGAUCUGGAACUUCUGCAGACAAUUAAAAGCAACAGCUGUGUAGAAUCCAGAUACUGCCACAACAAACAUUUGUUUCCGCCCAUUCUUUACCCUUAGUUGUUGGCUUCAUUAUGGUCAGGAUUAUUUUGGCAGUUAAAUGUCAGCCUUUUCACAGCACCUUAUUGAUUUAUUUUUGCUGGCUUUAGUCCUCCCCUCUAUGGAAGUCGUCUAUUUUGCCAUCUUUUACUAAAUUUUGUAAUAAAUUCAGCUGUUUUAAAUUCAAAGGAAUUUUGGGGUUGACAUUUAACUGUAGUUUGAUUAAAUAUGGAAGGUUUCUGUAAAUCUUCAUAUCAUUGUUGCAGUAAUUUUGAAACCUUCAUUGCACAUUUUACAUAUGUAACUUCAUAUUUGCUGUUGAUUUGAAAAAAAUAAAGCACCUUUAUGAU